GAGGCACCAACAAUCACUGCAGGGGCUGAGGGUGCGCCUCUGGCGAGGAGCCAGACUUUGCAAGCUCUUUGGGGUUUCGGGCCUACGCUGCACCAGGCUCUGGGGCCACAGCGAUCUCCGGCCAGGGAAGGGCUGAGCGGUUCCAGGAAAGAUUCCUAGGCUUGGACCUAAAGCUGCUUUCUUGAACAGGAAAGUCAUUAAGCCUGGCUUUACAUCAUUGAGUGGGAAGAACAGCAGCCCAUCUAAUACAUUCUAGUAUGCAAUAGACUGCAGCCUGUCGGGUACUCUUGGCAAUAGACUCUAAAGCUAAAGGGAGGGGGAUAAACACAUUUAUACAGGAGAUCAUCAACAUGCCAAUCCAGUGAAACUGAAAGCUGGUUAGUUUUCAAAGUCUGUGGGAGGAUAUCCACUGCUCACUGGAUCCUGAGUGCUUUACUAAAGGACUUAUAACCUUACCAACCACCUUUGUUCACAGCUCAAUGGAGUUUGUGACAGCCCUAGAAGACCUCCAAACAGGGGCUAGCUGUCCCGUCUGUCUGGACUACUUGAAAGACCCAGUGACCAUCAACUGUGGGCAUAACUUCUGUCUCUCUUGCAUCAGUAUCUCCUGGAAGGAUCUAAAUGAUACUUUCCCCUGCCCCUUUUGCCGUCAUUGCUUGCCAGAAAGGAAGUUCACAAGCAAUCCCCAGCUGGGCAAUUUGAUUGAAAUUGCUAAGCUACUACAGGUAAGAAGAAGCAAGAGGAAGAGGAAAGAAGAGAAGCUUAUAUGUGAAAAGCAUAAUCAGGUUUUGACCUUUUUCUGUCAGAAGGACCUAGAAGUUUUAUGUCCACAGUGUAGUUUCUCCACUGAUCACCGGAAUCACUACAUUUGGCCCAUAGAGAAGGCUGCUCCUCAUCAUAGGAAAAGAUUAGAGAAUUGCAUUGAACCAUGGAAGGAGAGAAUUGAACAAGUGGAAAAGGUGAUAGUGAUGCAAACCAGAAAAUCAUUGGAACUGAAGAAGAAGGUAGAAUAUAGGAGGGAAGAAAUAAAGUCUGAAUUUGAGCAACUUUUGUUGUUUCUCAAAAAUGAGCAAGAGACCGUUCUUCGGCAAUUACAAGAUGACGAAGUGGACAUUUUAACGAAACUAAAUGAAAACCUGACAACAUUUUCAAAUCAUCUUUCCACAUUAAAAUAUCUACUAAAGGAGGUUGAGGGCAAAUACAUGAAGUCAGGGCUGGAAUUACUAACAGAUGUUAAAAGUAUCUACCAUAGAUAUAAAACCUUAAAGUCCCCUGAACCUUUUUCAUUCCAAUUAAAGGAAUAUGGUUACCAUCUUCCUCCACAAUAUUCUGGCCUAAAUAAAAUUAUCAAGCGAUUUCAAGUAGAUCUAAUUCUAGAUCCCGAAACAGCACAUCGUAAGCUUAUUAUCUCGGAAGAUAGAAAAACUGUGCAAUAUGGAAAUAAGAUGCAUAGCUUACCUCAUAACCCAAGGAGGUUUUAUCUCUGCCCGGCUGUUCUGGGUUCUGGGGGCUACAAUUCUGGCAGGCAGUAUUGGGAGGUGGAUGUGAAAGACAAGCCUGAAUGGAUUGUUGGUGUCUGCAGAGACUCUCUUCCCAGAAGGAGAAAGAAUCAGAAUCAACCAAUUUUAGUGCAGGAUGGGUUAUGGGGUAUUGGGCGAUGUAGUCAGAGUAAUUAUAUUGCGUUGGGUCCUAAAAAAAUUAAUCUGCUGCCAAAAGUAAUACCCAGAAAGAUUGGCAUUUUUUUAGACUGUGAAUUGUGUGAGAUUUCUUUUUACAACUUAAGUGAUAGAUCUCUUCUCUAUAUUUUUAACUAUUAUUGUACAGAAACACUCUGGCCUUAUUUCUACACUGGAACUGACUCAAAACCUCUUAAAAUCUGUACAGUAACAGAUUCUGAAUGAUGAACUAUUGUAAAAUUCUUAAUUGUUUUUUUUUUCUAUUGAGGCAGUGCACAGAACUAAGCCAAUUAAUCUAGUCUCAACAAUUCUGUUGUUUUUUGUUGUUGGUUUUUUGUUUGGUUUGUUUUGUUGCAGUUUUAGUUUUUCCUUUAAACAACCAGAAUGGUUUUUAUCUCUGUUUCAGCAGCUUCUAGAAAAUAUAGUUAUAGGGGCACCUGGCUGGCUCAGUGUGUAGAACAUGGCAACUCUUGAUCCCAGGAUCAAGUCUGAGCCCCACGUUAGGGGUAGAGUUUACUUUUUUUAAAUAUGGU